AUGGCACUGAGGAAUGUCCCCUUUCGCUCCGAGGUCCUGGCAUGGGACUCUGACAGCCUCGCUGACUACUUCAAGAAGCUUAACUAUAAAGACUGUGAAAAGGCGGUGAAGAAAUACCACAUAGAUGGACCACGGUUUCUGAAUCUAACAGAAAAUGACAUCCAGAAAUUUCCCAAGCUCCGGGUACCGAUUCUCAGUAAAUUAAGUCAGGAAAUCAACAAGAAUGAAGAGAGGAGGAGCAUCUUCACACGCAAACCUCAAGUCCAGAGGUUUCCUGAAGAGACAGAAAACCACGAAGAGGACAAUGGGGGCUGGUCAUCCUUUGAAGAAGAUGACUAUGAAAGUCCCAAUGAGGACCAGGAGGGGCAGGAUGACGAUGACUAUGAGUCCCCCAACGAGGAGGGAGAGGCGCCUGUGGAGGACGAUGCUGAUUAUGAGCCACCUCCCUCCAAUGAUGAAGAAGCCCUUCAGAACUCCAUCCUGCCCGCCAAGCCUUUCCCCAACUCCAUGUACAUCGACCGGCCGCCCUCCUCCAAGGGCCCCCAGCAGCCUCCUGUGCCCCCCCAGAGACCAAUGGCUGCUCUUCCCCCGCCUCCGGCCAGCAGGAACCAUGGGCCUUUACCAACACCACAGUCUAGUCACGAAGAACCUAAUAGAAGCAGACACUCCAAAACACCAAAACUCCCUGCUCCUUCCAUAGACAGAAGCAAGAAACCACCCCUGGAUCGGACACUAGCUCCACUUGACCGAGAGCCCUUCACACUAGGAAGGAAACCAGCAAUUUCUGACAAGUGUUUCUCUGAAUUACCCAGGCCUCUCGGAGAGCAUUUACCCAAGAUACCAAAGCCUCCUUUGCCACCAACUACUGAAAGACAUGAAAGAGCACCCUUGCCAGGGAAGAAGCCAUCUGUGCCAAAACACGGAUGGGGACCAGACAAAAGAGAGAAUGAUGAAGAUGAUGUACAUCACAGGCCUUUGCCCCAACCAGCGCUCCUCCCCAUGAAUUCCAGCACUUUCCCUGCAGUAUCAAAGCUUACCUCCAAGCAAUCUUUCUCAUCACCUCACAAGCCUGGAACAUUCUCAGAAAGUAAUAGCAAUUUUCCACAGAGUGCUUCACUGCCACCAUACUUCUCUCAAGGUCCUGGCAACCGACCACCUCCCAGAAUUGCAACAGAAGGCAGAAACUUUCCCUUACCAAUUCCAAACAAACCCCGGCCACCAUCCCCUGGGGCAGAAGAGAAUUCAUUAAAUGAAGAAUGGUACGUGUCUUAUGUUACACGAACAGAGGCAGAAGCUGCUCUUAGAAAAAUAAACCAGGAUGGCACUUUUCUGGUUAGAGACAGCUCUAAAAAAACAGUAACCAAUCCAUAUGUCCUCAUGGUGCUGUACAAAGAUAAAGUUUACAACAUCCAGAUCCGAUACCAGGAGGAAAGUCAAGUUUACUUAUUGGGAACUGGACUCCGAGGGAAAGAGGACUUUUUGUCUGUGGCAGAUAUUAUCGACUAUUUCAGGAAAAUGCCACUUCUGCUUAUUGAUGGGAAGAACCGAGGGUCCCGAUACCAGUGCACGUUGACGUACGCUGCAGGGUGUCCAUAG